AUGCCGUCGCCGAUCCUGCCGGCCAAGGAGGUGGAGGAGGUGGUCACCGCCAACGAAGAGGUGACAGACAUCAUCGUCCAGAGGGUGCCCUACUGGGACCCUCCGACGGUCCGGGCGCUGGACACGAGCGAGCUGACCACCUGGUCCCUCUACCGCGCCCUCAUCGGCGAGUUCACCGCCUCCCUCAUCCUCCUCUACGUCAGCAUCGCCACCGUCAUCGGGUACCGGAACCAGUCCUCCGCCGCCGACGAGCGGUGCACCGGCGUCGGCUACCUCGGCGUCGCCUGGUCCUUCGGCGCCACCGUCUCCGUCCUCGUCUACUCCACCAGCGGCGUCUCAGGCACUGGGCACAUAAACCCGGCGGUGACGUUCGCGCUGUUCAUCGCCGGGAAGGUGACGCUGGUGCGCUCGGUGCUGUACGUGGCGGCGCAGUGCCUCGGCGCCGUCGUCGGCGUGGGCAUCGUGAAGGGGAUCAUGAAGCACCCCUACGACGACUUCGGCGGCGGCGCCAACGCGGUGGCCGGGGGCUACUCGCUCGGCGCGGCCCUCGGCGCGGAGAUCUUCGGCACCUUCGUCCUCGCCUACACCGUCUUCUCCGCCACCGACCCCAAGCGCACCGCCCGCGACGCCUUCGUCCCCCUGGUGGCGGCGCUGCCGAUCGGGCUGGCGGUGUUCGUGGUGCACCUGGCGACCAUCCCGAUCACCGGCACGGGCAUCAACCCGGCGAGGAGCCUGGGCGCCGCCGUGCUGUACAACCAGCACAAGACCUGGAAGCAGCACUGGAUCUUCUGGGUCGGGCCCUUCACCGGCGCGGCCCUGGCGGCGUUCUACCACAAGAUCGUGCUGCGCGACGAGGCGGUGGUGAAGGAGUCGCUAGAAAAGCUGGGCUCGCUCAAGAGGAGCGGCUCGACCGCUUGA